CCCACUUGUGUGUUGAUUAGAUUUGUCCUUAGAGGUGUCACUGUUUUGUCUCUCUACUUAUCGCUCUUUUCCCAAUUACUGUAAUGUUGAAUUGGGGGAUUUCAUUUCAUCUACUAACUACUAAGGAUGAAGUUUAUUGUCUCUCUCUCUUUCUUAAUUCUUUCUCUACUUUUCGGACAGUAGAGACUCUUUGAUUGCUCCUUUUCAUCUAAUUUUUGAGACUUUUAUAAGUGUUUGUUACAACGCAAUGGCUCGCUUCAGUUUUCCUUGUUUUCCGAAUUUUGGGGGUUUUAAUCAGGUGAAGUUAGAGCCUUUUUCUUGGAUCUCAUUGUAGAUUGUUUGGUGAAGUUAGAGCCUUUUUCUUGGUUCCAGCCAGAUUCGUUUUGGUGGUCAUAGUCUUCUUUAGUCAUGGUCUUGUUCUAAGCGACACAGGAUGAGAGAGGCACAGCUAGGCGGUCACACUGUGAGGUCCCAUGGAAUGACUGUUGCAAGGACUCACAUGCAUGAUUGGAUCAUUCUCGUGUUACUUGUUAUUCUCGAGGGCGGACUCCUUAUAAUCCACCCGUUUUAUCGCUUUGUUGGGAAAGAUAUGAUGACUGAUCUCAGUUACCCGUUAAAAAGUAACACUGUACCAAUUUGGUCUGUCCCGGUAUAUGCGAUGCUGUUGCCUUUGGUAAUCUUCAUCUUUAUCUAUUUCCGUCGAAGAGAUGUUUAUGAUCUUCAUCACGCUGUGCUAGGUCUCUUAUACUCCGUUCUGGUGACAGCAGUACUUACCGAUGCAAUCAAGAAUGCAGUUGGUCGACCACGUCCUGACUUUUUCUGGCGUUGUUUUCCCGAUGGCAAAGCUGUUUAUGAUGUCCUCGGAGAUGUUGUAUGCCAUGGUGAUAAAAGCGUCAUAAGAGAAGGGCACAAAAGCUUCCCAAGCGGGCACACCUCAUGGUCUUUUGCGGGGUUGGGGUUUCUGUCGCUUUACUUAUCGGGAAAGAUUCAAGCAUUUGACGGUAAAGGCCAUGUUGCAAAGCUAUGCAUAGUCAUACUCCCUUUGCUAUUUGCAGCUCUGGUCGGUAUUUCCCGUGUUGAUGACUAUUGGCAUCAUUGGACAGACGUCUUUGCAGGAGGCUUGCUAGGUCUUGUGGUCUCUACAUUCUGUUAUCUUCAGUUUUUCCCGCCACCAUAUCACACCGAAGGUUGGGGACCAUAUGCUUACUUCCAAGUGUUGGAAGCUGCGAGAGUUCAAGGUACCGAGAAUGGAGCGGUGCAGCAACCGCCUCAAGGUGAUAACGGUGAAGAAGAAGAAGACGGUGGGUUUAUGGGUUUACAUUUGGUGGAUAAUCCGAGUAUGAGGAGAGAAGAAGAUGUAGAAACUGGUAGAGGCUGAGUAGAAGAAACGCUGAAGCUGCUCUGGUUUUUAUUUUUUAAUAGGACACUUUUUUUUCUUGUUCUUUUGAUUCUUUGUUUGACUACUUUUGCUAGAUUUGUGUAAGAUAAACUAGUAGUUUAGUAGUAACUACAGUCGUUUGGUUUUUAGUUUAAAUGGAUGGGACCAGUAUUAAUGGGUCCGGUAUUGUGCUUUUCAUUA